UCCGCGACAGUCAGUACGCGGCUGGAGGUGAUUGGAUUUGUUCGUGAUUAUCGACAAUAUUCCGGCCUGUGCAAGCUCAAUUCUUCGUGCGAGUGAAACGUGGUGCUUGAAGAGUGAUUAACGGAAUAGAACGACAGCACCGAGAUGGGAAAGGACUAUUACAAGAUACUUGGUAUCGCCAAGGGAGCGAGCGACGAGGAGAUAAAGAAGGCAUAUAGGAAGCUAGCCUUGCGAUAUCAUCCUGAUAAAAACAGAAGUGCCGGCGCCGAGGAGAAGUUCAAGGAAAUAGCCGAGGCGUACGAGGUGCUGUCAGACGCCAAGAAGAGGGAGGUCUACGACAAAUUCGGCGAGGAAGGCCUCAAGGGAGGCGCCUCGGCUGGCGGAGGCGGAGGAGGCGCUACGUAUACCUUCCACGGUGAUCCCAGGGCGACCUUCGCGCAGUUCUUCGGCUCAGCCACUCCGUUCCACAAUCUGUUCGAGUUCGCCGGCAACCGGGGAUUUGGCUUCCAUGACGACGACAUGGACAUCGAUAUGGAUCCCUUCGGGCUGGGUAUGGGCCCACCGCGGCCACCUGGUCAGGGUGGCGCCUUCAGGUCGCACUCGUUUAACUUUGCGAGCCCGAACACCGGCAAAGCGGCUGGGAAGGACCGCGCGCAGGAUCCGGCGAUCGAGCAUGAUUUGUAUAUCAGCUUGGAGGAAAUCCUCCGGGGUUGCACGAAGAAGAUGAAGAUUUGCAGACGGGCGAUACAACCGGACGGCAGCACUAAGAAGGAGGACAAGCUGCUGACCAUCAACGUGAAGCCAGGCUGGAAGGCUGGCACAAAAAUCACCUUUCAGAAGGAGGGGGAUCAGUCUCCGAGGAGGGAGCCGGCGGACAUUGUCUUUAUCAUCAGGGACAAGCCGCAUCCGCUCUUCAGGAGAGAAGGCAGUGACAUUAGAUACACGUGUAAAUUGAGCUUGAAGCAGGCUUUAUGCGGUGCUAUUAUCGAAGUUCCUACCUUAACCGGCGAGAAGAUACCCUUGAAUCUGACGAGAGACAUCGUCAAGCCGAAUACGGUCAAGAGGUUCCAAGGACACGGUCUACCUUUCCCUAAAGAACCGUCGCGGAAGGGCGAUCUGCUCGUGUCGUUCGACAUCAAAUUCCCCGAGACUCUGACGCAAAGCGCCAAGGAUAUACUGUACGACACGCUACCCAAUUGAUUUCUCGCAUAAUCCAUCAAAUAUUGCGAACGGACGAUAUAUCGACACAUUCGGACACCUCGAAAUCAUACCGAUCGGCAGGAAGUUUCGUGUACGUUCUAGCACACGAAGACGACGAACGGAAGAAGCGAUUCUUCAACAUCCUUUGCGUCCGUGCACGUCCGUAGAGGCAAGAUUAAACAGGACAGUUCUUUUUAUUUCGACAUUUUCCCCCUUUCCAUGUAAAAAUUUGUUUCACUUCCCGCCAAUUAAAAUUUGAUAUACACUUUGCCUCUACCUGACGUAACGUCAAGCCGAAUAGAUGGACUUUGGGGACGAAUAUAUAUAUAUACACACAUAUUAAAUUAUACGAUUAUAUAUUAUAUAGAGAGAAUCUCUCUUUCUCUCUCUCUGUCUGUCUGCUGUACUACUAAUUCAUAUGACUGUCACGUCAAAAUUCACUUCUUUUUCCUCUAUUAUAUGCACGCAUAUGUACGCGCGCGCGCGAGAGAGAGAAAGAGAGAACAAAUUACGAAUAGGUGUGCGUAUGCCUCGAGGUGUGUAUGUGCGUACGUGCAUGUGUAUGUGUGUGUGUGUGCGUGUGUGUGUCGCGUAUGCGUGAAAUGUACGAAGACUGUAAGACACGCGUAAGUGCAAUAUCGGAAAAUAAAAGCGUUUCACUUUAUUGAAGUUCAUGCACGCGCGAUACGACGCAUGAAGUGAAAAAAAUUACGCUAAUAUACACAGCCCGGAAAUGAACAAAUGGAGGAAAAGAAAAGAAACGAUGAAACGGAAGUUUCGGAUAUUGCUUUCUCGACGGUCUUGGUACGGGGUCGUGUUCGGUUUUUUUUCUUUUCUCGCACAUAUAAAUCUCUGUAAUGAGGAGGAAUUCUUGUUUAUAUUAAGUGUUAAGGCAGAAUCACUAGCGCACGCAUCGGCGCGAUUGUAACACGUUUAUAACGUCGAGCCACAUGUCCUGUUACGUAACGUGCUCCUAAGUUUAAUGGUUGAUUAAUUAUUUGUACGCAAAAUAAUACGAAGGUUACUAAGUUACACGAUACAACA